ACUGGCGAAUCGGUUACCACAGCAACCGAUUUGGCGUCACCACUGUUGACUUUCAGAUUCAGGACUUUGCUUUUCUUUUCUCCAAUCUCGCAAAGACAAAAAAAAAAAAAAAAAAAACGUUCGCGGCGGGUUCUUGGGAACAUGUUGUUGACGGGGAACAGUUUUUCUCAUGUCUCUACCCGUUUGGACGGGUUGGGUUUGUUCGAGCUGUAGUGAAGCUGGUGGCCCAGUAGAACAUCGCUGACAUGAUGGCUGAAGAUGACACUGAGUGGAUAGUAGAGAGCAUCGUUGGCUACCUGGGGAGUCCCGAAUGGAUCAUUCCCAUCACAGACUUUAUGGAAAACAAAUGCACAGUUUUUGACGACGAAGAUGAAAACAAGUUAUCAUAUACAGAAAUUCACCAUCAGUAUAAGAAACUGGUGGAGAAGCUGCUGGAGACGUACAUGCAGGAGGUUGGCAUCAACGAGCAGCAGCUAAUGGAUGCAUGCACCUCUCCCUUUGCCAAGUCCCAAUCUCUGCAGCCAGUGUUCCAGCCAGUUCUAGCUACAGAAGACUUCCAGAUGUUUCGCUCAUUAAUGGUUCAGAAAAACAUGGAGCUGCAGCUUCAAGCCCUCAGGGUCCUCAAAGAAAAGAACGGGGCCCUGCCAGAGUGUCUUACUGAAAGAUCAAAAGAGGAAUAUGAAGAGCAAAUGUCCAGGAGGCUGCUGGUAGAGGGGGAUAUUGGUGCCACUUGCAGCAGAGGCUUUGAUAAGCCAAUAAAAGCCAGUGGUGAUGCUCUGAUUACCACAUUAGCUCCAAGCCAACAAAGCAACGCUUCCAAACCCACAUUAGAUUGUGGGAAAAACAGCAUCCAGUCCAGAGUUCUUCCAACAGUUAGAGCUCCAGCAAAGUUCAGCGACGCCUCCAAAUCCGAACGUCCUCAAACUGUGGAGAAGAGCAGCAACGGCAGCCGAACUGCAGCUGAGGGUUACCUGGAGGAGGCCUGCAAGGGAGUUGGCUUCUCUAAAUCGUGCACACAGUCGUCAGCAGCCUCGGAGCAGCAGCAGCUCCAGCAGAGGGCGGUGUAUCUGUGCCAGCAGCGAGACAAGCUGCACGCACUGAGGAAAGAACAGAAAACCAAGCAGACACCCACACCAGAGGUGGCACCAAGCAGUCCCACAGCAGCAGCUUCCUCUGCCCCGGAGGCAGUGGAACAACCCCAGACGAAUGGGGCAAGUUCCCCUCCUCCUGCACCUCCUCCUCCAGCACAGCACUCUAACUCCUCUAAACAGAAGGAAAUAUCUGCAGAGGAGAGGAAGAAGCUGCAGAAGAGAAAACACCUGGCUGAAAAGCUGAAAGAGGAAGUGGUCAAGAAAUAACUUUGCUUCCAAAUGCAGUACUCCUGUUUUACCGUCUGCACCACAGUACAAUGCUUGGCAUCUUCCACACUGACUGACUGAAAAAUUAAAAGUGAGACAUUAUUUUAUUUGCAUUGUUUGCUAUUUACAAAUAACCUUUCAACAUCAUGUUUUAGCAUUUGGAUAUAUACCAUUUAAGUGUUUUAAGAUGUGAUAGGCCUCAUUUGUUUGCUUCAGAUAUAUGCAUAAAUCUGUAUUUUCUACUUUUCAUUUUUAAUGAAAAAUAUGUUCAUACUCAAAAAAAGAAAAAAGGAAAUCCCCAGAGCUGCAACUGUUAAUUAUGCAAGCACUGGAGCAAUUAAUUGGCUUAUAUUAGUUAUUUUUCCUGCAAAAAUGCUUCUGAAAUGUUAAAUUUUCCUCAGGGUUGAUGCAAAAUUGUUUUAAUAAUGUU